CCUCAUUAGCAGGACCUCCCUUUUUAAAUUGUUCUUGCCUUUACUGCAGUGGAUUCUAAAUGUUUUUUGACUAUGUAUCAAAUACAUGCCUUUAUUUUGUCGUCCAGCAGGCUUGCACACAGAAAUACGAACAUACGCGCGUAUGUGCACAACUGAACCAAGAGAACCAGGAAACGAUUUUUCACCUCUACCACAUGGAACCAGGCAAUGAUACAUGGAUUUCAGAAUUUCUGCUUCUAGGAUUUUCACAGGACCCAGAACAGCAGCCCCUCAUGUUUGGGCUUUUCCUUUCCAUGUACCUGGUCACCGUGUUUGGAAACCUGCUCAUCAUCUUGGCCGUCAUCUCAGACUCCCACCUCCACACCCCCAUGUACUUCUUCCUUUCCAACCUGUCCAUGGUAGACAUCUGUUUCACCUCCACCACCAUCCCAAAGAUGCUGGUGAAUAUACAGACCCAGAGCAAAGCCAUAACCUAUGCAGGCUGCAUCACCCAGAUGUGCUUUUUCAUAAUCUUUUCAGGGUUAGACAUCUAUCUCCUGGCAGUGAUGGCCUAUGAUCGGUUUGUGGCCAUCUGCCACCCCCUGCACUACACGGUCAUCAUGAACCCCCGGCUCUGCGGACUCUUGCUUUUGGUGUCCUGGCUCACAAGUGUCUUGCAUUCCUUGUUACAAAGUUUAAUGGUGCUGCGACUUCAUCACCAUCACCACAUGGUACCAGGCAACGAUACACGAAUUUCACAAUUUCUUCUUCAGGGAUUAGCAAAAGAACCAGCAUUGCAGCCCAUCAUAUUUGGGCUUUUCCUCUCCAUGUACCUGGUCACCGUGUUUGGAAACCUGCUCAUCAUCCUGGCUGUCAUCUCAGACUCCCACCUCCACACUCCCAUGUACUUCUUCCUCUCCAACCUGUCCUUUGUAGACAUCUGUUUCACCUCCACCACCAUCCCAAAGAUGUUAGUAAAUAUAAAGACCCAGAGCAAAGUCAUAUCCUAUGAAGGCUGCAUCAGCCAAAUGUUUUUUUACAUACUCUUUGCAGUUGUGGAUGAUUUUCUUCUGACUAUGAUGGCCUAUGACCGCUUCUUGGCCAUCUGCCACCCCCUGCACUACAUGGUCAUCAUGAACCUCCGGCUCUGUGGACUGCUGGUGCUGGUAUCUUGGCUCUCCAUUGUCUCCCUGUAUUAUUGUUCAAGCCUAGGACUGUACCUUAGCUCUGCUGGAACCCACAGCUCACAGUCAAGUGCAAGAGCCUCGGUGAUGUACACAGUGGCCACCCCCAUGUUGAACCCCUUCAUCUACAGUCUGAGGAACAAAGACAUAAAGAGGGCUCUGCAAAGAGUUGUUCAGAUGGCAGUUAUAAAAAGGCAAAUUGUUCUAGGUCUGACGAAGUACUUUUGA